GACUACCGGCCGCCUCCGGCGGAGCACAGCCUGGGGGGGCCGCUGCACCCGGCCAUGAGCAUGGCCUGCGAGUCGCCGUCCGGCAUGAGCACUUAUACCACGCUCACCCCGCUCCAGCACCUGCCGCCCAUCUCCACCGUCUCCGAGAAGUUCCACCACCACCACCACCAUCAUCACCACCCCCCGCACCAUCAUCCGCACCACCACCAGCGCCUCUCGGGCAACGUCGGCGGCGGCUUCGCCCUGAUGCGCGAGGAGCGCAGCCUGGCCGCCUCCAUGGGCAACCUCUACGGCCAUUACCCGAAAGACAUGACGGCCAUGGGGCAGCCCCUCUCGCCCCUCGCCAACGGGCUGGGCUCGCUCCACAACGGCCAGCAGCCCCUGGCCCCCUACGGGGGACACCUGGCCGGCGACAAGCUCCUCUCACCCAACGGGUUCGAGACCCACAUGCUCUCCCGGAGCGAGGAUCCCCUGGCCAGGGGGCUCGGGGGCCCCGGGUCGGGGAUGAUGCCCCCGCCGCUCAACGGCAUGCACCCCCACGGGCACCCCCACCACGGGCAAGCCAACGGGGCCCUCCUGGGCGAGCGGGAGAGGCACCACGCCGCCGCCGCUGCCGCUGCCGCCGCCUCGGCUUCCCAAGCCGGCGGGUCGGGCCAGGUGGAGGAGAUCAACACGAAAGAGGUGGCGCAGCGCAUCACGGCCGAGCUGAAGCGCUACAGCAUCCCGCAGGCCAUCUUCGCCCAGCGCAUCCUCUGCCGCUCCCAGGGGACCCUCUCCGACCUCCUGCGCAACCCCAAACCCUGGAGCAAGCUGAAGUCCGGGCGCGAGACCUUCCGCAGGAUGUGGAAAUGGCUCCAGGAACCCGAAUUCCAGAGGAUGUCCGCCUUGAGGCUGGCAGCGUGCAAGCGUAAAGAGCAGGAGCAACAGAAAGACCGGAACCUACAGCCCAAGAAGCAGCGGUUGGUCUUCACCGACCUCCAGCGCCGGACCCUAAUCGCCAUCUUCAAGGAGAAUAAGCGCCCCUCCAAGGAGAUGCAAAUGACGAUUUCCCAGCAGCUGGGCCUGGAACUCAACACUGUCAGCAAUUUCUUCAUGAAUGCCCGCCGGCGGUGCAUGAACCGCUGGCAGGAAGACCCCGGCCCCAAUCCCGGGGUCCCGUCUUCGUCGGCAAGCACUUUUUCCAAAGCAUGA